GCACCGCACUUCUCUGACGCAUUUCCGUAGCGCCGGAGCAAAGGGAAGUCGUGGUGGCUGCCGGGGACCAGCCGCCGAGAAGAUGGUGCUCACCCGGUCGGCGCGGCCUCAGGCCAGGAUCCAAGCCACGUCAGCUGAAAGAUCCCAGCAGAAAAAUUCUGCUGCUGAUGGAAUUAAAGAGUGUCCAGAAAGCAGGAAGGAGUCUCAAUCUGAUGACCGAAGUACUGCUGAAUCGCAUACCACUUGGGAACAUAGUCCAGUCCCUAGAACUCCUAAAACCAGAAAGAGGAAAAGCAGAAUUGAAGGCUCCUUACCAGAGAUGAUUGAACCAUCUGCUGAUGGAGAGACUUCUGAAGCAGAAUCAAAUUGUUCUUCUGUGUCUGAGCUCCAGGAUCCCAUUGUAAGAGUAACUAGGAGAAGGCAGAUCUUAGUUUCACGCACCCCAGUGUCCAGUGUGAGGAAAAGGCUGAAAAUAACUCCAAUAAGUGAGUCUCACAGUGAAGAAGAAGUCUCUGAAGCAGAAUCUCAUGUUUCAGGUAUUUCUACAUUUGUGCCUUCCACAGUAAUAACUACAAGAGCCAGAAGAAGGGAGGCUAAACCAAGCCAGGAAUCACAUGCAGAAGAUAUUUCUGAUGCUGAGUCAUCAUGCUCAGACAUUUCUUCAUUUUCGGGAAUUGCAGUUAGGAGAGCAACCAGGAGUAUGCACAGGAAAUUACAGGCACAAACUGAGGAGAAGGAUACUAAGAUUAUACUAGGAAAGGAAAAGUGGAACUGUAAAGGUUUAGAUGAAAAGGCCAAAGGAAUAAUAAAUAAGGGAAAAGAAAUUAAUGAUAAAAGUUCUCAGUUAAACAGUCUUUCUGAGCUUCAGGACGCUAGCCUUCAGCAAUUAGUUUCUCAAAAGCAUUCAACUCCCCAGAGUAAUAAAACCACACGAGAACCCUCAAAUCUGAACUAUGAGGCUGUAAUGAAAUCAUUAGCUCAAACAUUUGCAGUUGUGGAAGUGGACAGAUGGGAUGAAGAGAGAAAGAGCACCAUAAAAACAAGUGACUCGACACAGUUUGGUGAUGAUGAAGAGUGCACAAUUAUAAGUGUCAGCAAAGACAUGAAUAAUAAAAAGAAUGUAAAUCUUGAAUGUGAUACCACACUAUGCAACCCUGAGCUCAACACAUCUCAGGAUAAAGGUGAUUCUGUUUUAUUAGUUCUCAGCAGUGAUGAAAGCCAACAGUCUGAAAACAGUGAGAAUGAAGAAGACACCGUAUGUUUCGUUGAAAAUAGUGGUCGAAGGGAGUCAUCGAAUGGAGACUUGGGAAAUAUGUCAUGUGACACUGCAUUGUUUGUAAUUGACACAACUCCUGGACUGAGUGCUGAUAAAAAUUUUUACUUGGAAGAGGAAGACAAAGCUAGUGAGGCUGCCACUGAGGAAGAAAAAGAAGAGGGAGAGGAUGAAAAAAGUGAAGAACCAUCAGACCAUGAUGUAAAUAAAGAUAAUGAGCUCAGUGAUGAAGAAGACUUAUUAAAUAGCACAAAGUCUAAACUUCUGAAGUUGACAAGCAGCAGCAUAGACCCUGGUCUGAGUAUUAAAGAAUUGGGUGGUUUAUAUAUUAAUUUCAAUGCAGACAAACUACAGUCUAACAAGAGAACCCUAACACAGAUCAAGGAGAAAACAAAAAACGACCUUCUGCAGAAAACCAUCAUUACACCUGAUUUUGAAAAAAACUACAGUGUCCCACCAUACAGAGAAUCAAAGUUUCAACUUCAGAAAAAACGCAGAGAAGAGCGACAAAAAACAGCAGGCAAUGGCUGGUUUGGUAUGAAGGCUCCAGAAUUGACAGAUGAACUAAAAAAUGAUCUCAAAGCACUGAAGAUGAGAGCUAGCAUGGACCCAAAACGGUUUUACAAGAAAAAUGAUAGAGAUGGCUUCCCCAAGUACUUCCAGAUUGGAACCAUUGUUGACAAUCCAGCUGACUUCUACCAUUCACGAAUUCCCAAGAAGGAACGGAAAAGAACUAUUGUGGAAGAACUGCUGGCUGAUUCUGAGUUCAGAAGAUAUAAUCGAAGGAAAUACUCAGAAAUCAUGGCUGAAAAAGCAGCAAAUGCGGCAGGAAAGAAGUUUCGAAAGAAGAAGAAAUUUCGCAAUUAAGAUUCACCAAGCAAACCACAGUAUUUUAUGUCUCCCCUUUAUUUAUUUACUAAAGAUGUUUUGAAAACUAACACCAUCACAUAAAGUAGACUGGCCCUGUUUAUAGGGAUUUCUGCUUGAAAAAAAGUUACUUGAGAGACUCAAUCAUGUGAUCUGUGGACCAAAAGUAGGUAGGCCUACAAAGGACCCACCCAGGCUUAAGACUUCCAAAGGGAAAGGAACCCCAACCA